AUGUGUAACUUGGUACAGACCAACAUGCACUUGUACACAAUUUCCAAGUUUUAUUUUUGCCUUAAUGCCAUGUCUUGGGUCUCUGCUAAACUUCAACACAGCGUUAUACCUAUCAUUGAAUUAUUAUUAUGCUUGGUACUUCUUGGGUGUUCUGCUGCACCACUGUCAGCAACAGAAUCUGUAUCAGAUGAAGAAAUCGCUGCUUAUUCCAUUCUUAAAACUGUGAUUCUUGGUUAUCUGGCACACGCAAAGACUGUUCGCCCUGAUCCAAGCACAAUGUCACUUUCUACCUCGUUCAAGAGAAUGAAUGCGCUAGGAUUCCCCACAAGUGGUAUAUAUGACGCUAUGGGCUCGAUAGUAAAGUCUUUCAGUGCAGAUAAGAUUCUCGGAAUCGAUGUAUUUAACAAAUGGUAUAAAAAGUACAAAAAAACAAAGUCAAAUGUAUCCCAUGCAGAAGAAUCUACUAGUGCUGAAGUAGUAGCGGACAUAUCAGAUUCCAAUAGAAUACUUCUCCGGGAAAUCUCAUCAGAUGAAAAUUACACAGGAACAGGAACACUCGCAAGCUCCAACACGAACACAAACACAGCUCAACCUUAUGACAUUCAAAUAAAAAACUGGGCUGAAGAAUACGAAGAGGCUUUACGAGAGUUUGACAGCAGAGAAAAUGACAAUGCACCAUACCUUGCGGCGCUUUUACAUCAUCUUGGCCUAGAUAAAGCAAAGAAAGUAAAACAUUGUCUUUUAAACGACAACCUUUUUAUUGGAUAUAACGAUUUUAGCAAUGUGCGCUCUGAACCAAGAUGUAAAUACACAUCUAAAGACAUGACAGUUACUGGGUCAGGGUCCAUGUGCAAAUAUCAAGUGCCUGUAUGUCCAUCACUCGUACGAUAUUUGCCGAUAGAUAUGCUUGAGCAGCUCCAAGGUGCAUCAAAUAUUGAUAGCACUUCACUUACAGAAGUAUUUAUCUCUGCUAUCCAGAUUCUGUAUAUAGUCUAUGAAUGCAUUCGAGGACGCGGCGAAAGAUGGUCGAAAAUAAUCAUGCUAGUUUUUCUGAUUAUGUCUAUACUUCAAACUCUGUCAAUGUUGGCAUUGCAUUCGCAGGUGGCAGCAUUUAGCAUCCAUUGUAAUAACGAGGAAGCAUAUCCGGACAGUCGAUCGAUCCCAAAAUUUACUUAUAGAAGCUCGAUAAUGAAAUAUUGGAACUUUUGUUUUCAAGAUCCAAAUUCAAUGUCCUUUAGAAGGAUUGACUUUGCUUACGAUGUCACUCAAAAGAGUGGAAUAACACCUCAAGUCUUAGAAAGACUGUUUCAAGACAAAGAUACAAAACGAGUAGACAUAUCUAUACAGCCAGGUGGGAUUUGGGAAUUGAUUGUACUGGUGUCGACUGUAGCUGUUCCCUUACUACUGGGGUACUGGGCCAAAUAUGAUGAAGAGGAAUCCUCAAGGUGGUUCGUUCUACUUUGGAUCGUGUAUUCUUUCUUUGAGACUAUUGUGUAUAUUAAUUAUUAUAAUCCGGCUAGCUUUGUCAAUUUUCGGUCCCACAGGGGUCUCAAUUUAUUUACAUUUCUGUUGCUUAUCAUAUCAGCCUUUCUUGGAAUUGUCCUAGUCAUUUUUGCCACCAUUUUUGGCUACCCUGUUGGAUAG